AUGGUGAAUUUAAAAUUUUUUAAAUUUAUUUUCAAGAAAUUGGAAGAUUUAAUAAAUUCAAAUGAAUUUUUUGAAAGUGAAAUACUUGUGAGCGAUUUGGAUUUUUGGGAAGUCUAUAAAGAUAAUCGUGAGCAGAUACUCUUCGGUGAUGUACAGGAAUGGCAAAUCAAUCUGAACAUAAUAACAAAAAAAUUACAGAUGACACCCUGUGUAAAAAUCUUUUAUUUGGAGAUUCCAGAAGUGAAAAUAUUUUUAAAAGAUGAUGAAGAUUUAGUUGGAUUAAAUUUUGUGGACAACUUGGAAGAUAUUCAUGACUGUCUCAUCAAGUCACAUCGUUAUUAUAGUUUGUACACUGAAACUGCGAAAUCCUUGACUGUCUAUCAGAGAAAAUUUACACAUAUUAUUCCAAAGAAUCAAAGCAUUCAGAUUUCUACAUAUUUGGCCAGCAUUCACUCAAAUGGAUUAAAACUAGCGGCUCAGGUUUUAGUGGAUAUUUUAUCAAAAAUAAUAAAAAUGUGUGCAACAGAAUCGGAGAUCGCCAAAUUAAAUCGUAAAAUUCAAUAUCUGUAUGAAAAUUUCGUUUUGUACAAAUAA